AUGGAUGCAAGUAUGGAUCCUAUGUCGCUCCCUUUAGAUACCCAAAGUUACUUGGUUAAGGUGAGACGUAUUCCUCUGCUUUUUCUAAUGCCGGUGAUGGGCAAAAAAAUAGGCAACUAUUUGGGAACUUUCUUUAUGGUGGAUCGAGGUCUUAAUGGGGAUUGCCUUGGUAGCUUCCUACGCAUCAGAGUGGGGUUGAACGUUUUGGAGACAUUGAAACGAUGUGUGAUGCUCAGACUUGCGGUUAAGGAACCAACGAAGCAGUAUGAGAUUGAAUAUGAACGGAUACCAAUUUUCUCUCUCUUUUGUGGGAAGCUUGAUCACGUGGGUUCGCACUAUAAGCUUGCGGAGGCCUUUGAUGGGCAAGGUGGACAGAAGGAUGAUAUGGAGGUGAAAGUGGAGCGAGGGGCUGAAAGCCCUUUAGUGAGUCUUUUUAAAAGGAAAAGGGUGGAUUACUCAUGUGCACCAGGUUUGGAUAACCCUUCUAGCCUGGAUAUUGGGCUUGAGAAGUCUGGUGAGGUUCAGGGCAAUGACUCUUUGGUUGAGGCCGAGGUUACUCACAUUAGUGAUGGGAUUGGCGAAUUCAACAAAGGAAAACAUAUUGCUUUGGAGGAGGUGCCGAUUCUGUAUGGGAAUGUUUCCCCGGGGGCAAAAGCUAAAGGGAUAGGGCGUGGUUUUAGAGUGGGCAAAGCUCGUUCUAGAAGCAGCCCUAAAAAAGAGAAAGACCCUAGGAAGGGGGUUUUGUCGAACAAAGGUAUUGGGAGGAGUUUGGUUCAUUCAGUGAGCAAGGUUGGCCAAUCCGUGAUGGGUCUUGGGAAUUGGGCCCAUCACGAGAAAUGA